GUGACGUCACUUCCACUCCGGAAGUCAUCACGUGGAAGUUAGCGAAAGGAGACCGUUACUUGAAAAUGUCUCGAGACAAAAGAUAUUCAGUCAGGGCCCCGCAGCUGUCGUAUCGUGCUCAAAUGUCGCAAAGUGGAUAAUAAUCGCGUCUAAAUCCCUCACUGCCCUCCUUUUUCCCCACUGAGGUUUUUUUUUUCUUCCCUUUCCGACCGCAAAGCUGUUUUCCGGCUGUUACGUAAAACGUCUUCCCGCUGCCAAUGUGGAACAGAGGUGAUCUUGACGAUGGAUACGAUUCUAAUAAAACAGGUUCAAGUCGUGGCGGCUCUCCUGGCUGGAUCCCAAGCCAUGAAUCAUCGUGGCACAGCAAACAGCCUGGACCUGGAAACGGCAUAUUUGGACGUCGCCACAGCGCCGUGUCAGACAGCGGCGACACCGGCAUUGGUACCUACUGCUCUGAUAGCGUGGAAGAUGACUCCUGUUCAAGCACCACGCCUUCAUCUCUCCGACCGCUGUCCCGUCGUCACUCCAGUCAGGAAGAUGGCUUUGGCGGCGGUGUCCCGGUUGUCCACGUCAAGCCAUCCUGCGGCAGUGUGAGAGCCGCAAGCUCACCCGCUGGCACGGCUCGUUGGGCCAACUCUUGCCCACUGAGCCCCGCAAGCACGUCGCGGACCCUUGCUGCACAAACCGGCGUUGACAUGCAGGACCAGCAGCCCAUCCGAAGGUGGUCCUCCCUCACCAAGUUGUCUUCCGGUGUUGAAAAGAACUCCAGGAAGGCAUCGGUCCAGCAUCACAGUCCAGGUUCACACGGCUCCCUGGACAGGGGUCUGCUCUUGGGCUUCAGGAAAGAACCCCGCGCUUUAAAUCGGGACCUGUAUUUACCGCUAUCUUCCUCCUUGCUCUCUCAUAGCUUAUUGCAACGCUCUCCCGGUGCCCGUCCUUGCGACUGGAGCAAACCUAGCAGUAAAUCCGGUUUGGAAACGGACCUCUCGCUGUCCUCGACCCUCUCCUCGCCCGUUAAACGCGGCGGCUUGGGCACGAGCUGUAGUAGCUUGACCGAAGCUAAACUGCCAUUGGGAGGCGCUCAAGUUUACGGCCUCGGUUUGUCCAAGCUAGCGGACUCGCCGCUCGGCCACCCGGUUGACUCCCCGAUUCAGCCGGCCGUCCGCACGCAAAUGUGGCUGACAGAGCAGAUGGAGUACAGCUCGAAAGCGGAGCGCGCAGGAGAACUUGGCCAGGGCGGUGGCGGCGAGGCAAAGGUCUGCGGCGGAGAGGGAGCGGCACUUGAGCAAGGCAUCAACCAGAUGCUGCAGGGGACGACCCAUUUUGUCAACACUCUGGUGAAGGUGAAAGAAGGAAUGCUGAGACAAAAAGAACUGGAGAUCGAUCGACAGAAGCAACAGAUCCUGCAGCUCCACGCCCGCAUUCGAGAAAACGAGUUGAGAGCCCAGCAGGUGCUGCACAGUCACAGGUGGUUUGAAGACCCUCAAAUCCUCACGAUGAAGAAGUCCGUGAAGGAAGGACCACCCGAUCGACGGCGUUGCGAUGAAGACCUCAGCAGGAAGCUGGCAGUGUCCGAACUGGAAGUUCUUCAUCUCAAUGAGCUUUACAAGCAAGCCACUCACAAAUACACCGAAGACCUCAAGAAACUGGAGGAAAAGAUCAAGACAAGGGAUCGCUACAUCAGCAGCCUGAAAAAGAAAUACCAGCGGGAGAGCGAGCAGAACCAUGAAAAGCAGCAACGCAUCGAGACUCUGGAGAAGUACCUCGCUGACCUGCCAACUCUGGGCGAGGUGCAAGUUCAGGCCCUGCAGCUGGAAACGGUGCAGCUGAGAGCUCGGGAUCUGGAGCGAACGGUGUCGCGCCUGCAGAAAAAACUGGACGGCAGCUGCGCUCUGCUGAAGGAGAAAGACGCCACGAUUGAGACGCAAGCCAGGAGGGAGGAGGAACUCGUCGCAACCGUGCACAGGUUGCAGCAGAAGGUGCAGAAGUGUUUGGAGGAUGGCGUGAGGCUGGACCUGAAGCAUCUCCAGGUGGAAAACUCUCAACUCCUGGAGAGACGAGAGCGCAGCGGCAAGCUCAUGGAGCAUCAGAAAGAACAGAUUGAGAGGCUCAACUCACAGCUGAAGGUGACCGGUACAAGACGACAGAAGGGAAGAAAGCUUGCGCAACACCCGAGUCCUCCUGACAACCAAGAGCUUCGAUCCGGUGACUCCGCAACCUUGUCACAGGUGGAUGAGUGGCUGCGGGAGCGCAGCGGAUCCAACGCAGAGCCGCCGCAAGCGGGGGCGCUCCUGAAGGAGUUGUCGCUGUGUCUGCUGGACCUUCAGGCUCUCCGCAGCAUCCUGGUGCAGCGAGCGCAAGGGAAGGAGCUCAACUUGUCUCUGCUGCUGGGCAUGACGUCUUUGAACGCGUCUGCGGAGGAGAGCGAGCGCAGGGACGAACAAGAAGAAGUCGUGCCGUUGAAGCCGCUCCAGGUCGGCCAGCUGAGGCGAGGCGUCGACGAGCUGAGGAAGAACAUCGCCGAGUGGUACGGCCACUUCCGCGCUUGACGGCCGAGUCCCCGCCCACCUUUCACGCCGGCCCACCGGGAUGGAUGGCGUUCCCCCCACCGCUCCGUAUGUAUACUGACGUGGGAUGGCAAGGUUGAAGUGGAGCCCCGGGAUUCGGAUGCUCGCGGAGCGACUUGCGUGGCCUGUGCGAAGGCGCUCUUCGGACACAUCAAUGACCCGCUCGGGUGAGUUUUGGAACAAAAGGCGUUUUGGCACUUUGGUCCGCCAAGUACGUCGACGUGAUUGGCGAUAUAUGAGCCGUUUGAUCUUUUUCGGGGCUGCGACGGCGUUGGCGCGACCUCACAAUAAGACUUGAUUCUUCUUCAAUGAAUAUUCUGACUUUGCUCUCGAACAAGUACGACUUUUGUUUCUUGGACGCUGCCGCGUUGCUGCCAUGCCAGUGUGGCAUUUUUUUUCCACCUGGCUCAGAAUGGCGGCAGCUUGAUUGGACAGAAGUCGUUUGAUAGAUUCCUUCCUUUAUGGUCCAAAAACGGAUGUGACAAUGUAAGAAUCAACUAUUUUUGUAUCGCGUAUUUAUAUUCGCUGGAAAAUACUCAAUUGGACUCCAAUGUCCUGACGCGCAUGGCUCAGCACGAAGCUUCCGCUUUCAUCAUUUUUCCACAUUUGCCUCCGUCCAGACAUGAAGAUGAACAAUUAGCCGUGAGGCGGACGUGCUAAACCAGCCGCUGUAUUGGACAGAAAAGUUCAGUCAAAAUGUUACCAAAAUAAAAUCCCUACAGCAC